CCCUGGUUUAACUUUCUAUCGCAAAUUCGAAAUUUCGUUGUUGGAUACCCCGGAAAGAAAAAUGAAGUUAUCCCAGCAGUCUCUGAUUUUCGUGUUUGUCGUCUUACUGGCGGAUGCUCUAGGGCAGGGUGGACUUGUUGGAGACGAGUUGUCGAAUGACAUACUGGAAGAAGAUGAUGAUGCAAAUGACGAGCUGGAGAUGCACCCCGCUGUGAUGAACGGUACGAAUGUCCGAUAUUACAGCUGCUCUUUCUGUGGGGGAUAUACGCCUAUGCAUUGUAGGUCCAGGUGUAAAAGCAUCGGAUAUAAAUGCUAUGCCUGUGAAGAAUGUGACUGUAACUGCCACUUUAGCUGUUUUUCUAUAGGAUAAAAUUCUUUGCCUAGAUUUUGAUUCUGGAAGAAAAUAUAAAUGUUACAGUUUAUGUAGGCGACUUGAUAAAUAAAGACAAUUUUAAAUCGAA